CCUCACCUCGUCCACUGAAGUACUUGUUCAGCUUGAUGGUGUCGUAGGUAUUUACAUAUUUGGGCCCAUCUGCUCGCGUCGCUGGCUCAUUGACGCCAUUCACCAUACCAAUAGUACCGUAAUCAGAGUCAACUCCCAAUUGCUAUUCGCGCAUAUCUCAGCUUCGCGGCCCGAUAGGAACAACUUGAAGAAGAUAACAGAUAAAAAUACGAAGAUUCCUCUCUCCCUUGCGCUUCCCUGCAGACUGGGAUAUAUACCAUGAUCUCGUGAACAACUUGAGGCCGAUAAAGCUCCGAUAUCAUUAUAAUUUAUAGAGCGUCAGCUCUGAGCUCUCAGGAGCCCCACUACUCAACCCAGCUAUCAUGUCGACCCCACAGAAGGGAAUGCCUUACGUCCGCCUGGGCAACUCUGGGCUCAAGGUUUCCAAGAUAAUUCUGGGAACAAUGCAGUAUGGUACCAGCGAGUGGCAAGAUUGGGUCCUCGGAGAGGAAGAGGCCAUCAUCCACAUCAAGGCUGCUUAUGAUGCGGGGAUCAACACCUUUGACACAGCAGACAUGUACUCCAAUGGACUUUCUGAGGUCAUACUGGGAAACGCGAUCAAAAAGCUCAACUUACCUCGGGAUGAGAUUGUGGUCAUGACGAAGGUCUAUAACGUUGUUGGCCGCACCCCAAGUGAAAAGGUCUUCCAGUCCGCUGCACAUCCUGAUCAAAUAGGCUACGUCAAUCAAAGGGGUUUGAGUCGCAAGCACAUUUUCGCAUCCAUCAAGAAGAGUCUCGAGCGUUUGCAACUCGAUUACGUUGAUGUCCUGCAGUGUCAUCGCUUCGACACAGAGACGCCGAUUGAGGAGACGAUGCAAGCUCUGCACGACGUCGUGCAGGCAGGCUAUGUCCGUUACAUUGGCAUGUCUUCAUGCUGGGCUUAUCAAUUCCAGGCAAUGCAAAGUAAGAUCAUAGCUCUGGCAUCGGCGAACUACGCGAUCGCAAACCACCUCACACCUUUCAUUUCUAUGCAGGAUCACCACAGCUUGAUCUACCGCGAAGAAGAACGAGAAAUGUUCCCCACGCUCAAGAUGUUUGGCGUUGGAUGCAUCCCUUGGUCACCGCUUGCCCGAGGACUGCUCACCCGCCCUCUUGGCGAGCAAACAAUUCGUGGAAAGACCGACAAGGGCAUCAACUCGUAUGUCCAGCAUGAGUCUGAUAAAGACAUCAUAAACCGCCUCGAGGAAAUUGCGAAGAAGAAAAACGCGACCAUGGCACAAAUAGGCCUUGCUUGGUCUAUGGCACAAGACGUCGUCACAGCGCCAAUCGUUGGUACCACGUCCUUGAAGAACUUGCAAGAUCUUCUCGGUGCCAUUGAUAUCACUCUGACCGCGGAAGAACUCGAGUACUUGGAGGAACCCUAUCAGCCAAAGUCUGUCGUUGGCCAUAAGUGAAUUUCCUCGACUCAGGCCACGAUAACCAACGAAACUGGCUUGAGAUGAUAUUACCCAUUUCGUUAACCUUUGACUAUACCGAUGGUGACGUGUCGUGUCUAUUGUAAUACUUGAUCCUCAGACUGGUGAACAAGGCACAACUCGGCCCUUCUCAGCAUCAGCGUAUUUUCCAGUCAUUUUCGUUGGCACCGCUAUUUACUUAGCAUCCACACAUGUAUAGUCCCUAUGAUACCAGGUAACUAGAUGAAAUACACCAUCUAUACAAAC